AUGAGCAAGAAAGCACCUGGAAAACCCCAUGAGUUGACUACCACUUUGCAGAUAGAAGCCUGGAGACAGAGACUCAAUACUGAAAAUAGGCUUUCUAAGAAUCGGGAUAUGAAAGAAAUCGAGAAGUUACAGGCUGAAUUAGACAGCAAGAAUACCUAUUUUAAUAUCUACAAAAAGGAAGAAGUUAAAAAGAAGGAACAAGAGGAAGAAGACACAAAAGAGGAACUUGGGUUUGAUAUGACUCAUGAGCUUGAAGCUCCAGAGAACAAGACAUGGCAGAAGAGGAAAUAUGGAAGCCAGUGGGCUCCUGAAAGAGAGCGGAAACCAGCCAAGGAAACCCAGUACAUCCCUGCUACUAGUUCUCAGGAAUAUGGAUGGAGAGAGCCUAUUGAUACAUUUACCUUUGGAUAUAAUAAAUCAGGUAUUUGUUCGAGAACUUUCAAUGAUGGUAGCCAUCUUAGCUAA